AUGACCAAAACUUCCCUGCAGAAUGUUGUGGGAGCCGACCUCCUCUCGGUCCUCCCGCAAGAUCAAAAACAAUGGUGGCAAAUACCGCAUCUGAUCAAGUUGAAUGGCUUCAUCGUCAGUCUGCUGCUAUUUUCCAGUACGGUGGGCUACGAUAGCUCGCUGAUGACUGGCUUGCAAUCUUUGUCCCCGUGGGACAGCUUUAUGGGCAGUCCCUCGGGCGCCUGGCUGGGCUUUAUCAGCGCUAUCCAGUCCUUGGGGUCCAUGCUGGGGUUACCCAUCCAAGCCUGGGCGGCCAACAAGUUUGGACGCAAGCCAUGUAUAUUCGUGGGAUAUUUAUUUCUCUUUCUCGGCGUCGGCAUUCAAGUGGGCGCGCAUAAUCCAGCGAUGUUCAUUGCAUCCCGUUUCUUCAUCGGAUACGCGGGCGCCUGGUUUGGAGGCGCCAUCAUUCUACUCGCCGAAAUCGCCUAUCCAACCCACCGCUCCAAACUCACCGCGAUGUACCAUUGCCAGUACUACAUGGGCUCCACGCUGUCCGCGUGGUUGGUGUUUGGCUGCCGGAACAUAGAUUCCAUGUGGGCGUGGAAAAUCCCCUCCUUAUGUCAGAUUGUAUUUCCCUUGGUGGCACUGCCAGUGGUGGCCCUGUGCCCCGAGUCCCCUCGCUGGCUGAUUAGUAAGGAUCGGCAUGAAGAGGCCCGAUGGUUUCUCACCAAAUAUCAUGCAGGUGGGGAUGAGGCCGCGCCACUCGUUGCCUUUCAAAUGGAUGAAAUCACCAGAUCAAUCAUCAUGGAGCGAGAAAGCAGCAAUUCCACUACCUGGCUCGAUAUGCUCCGGACCAAGGGUAAUCGGCACCGACUCUUCAUCAGUAUCACCCUAGGCACUUUUGCUCAAUGGAAUGGAAUCGGUGUCGUCUCAUACUAUCUCACUCUGAUUCUCAAAACAAUUGGUAUCACUUCGGUCACGAAACAAACACUCAUCAAUGGGUUCCUGCAGGUAUGGAACCUUAUCAUGGCGGUGGUGGGCUCUAUGCUAGUCGACUCCGCUGGACGCCGGACACUCUUUCUGCUGUCCACCUGCAUUAUGCUUGUCAGCUAUAUCAUCAUCACAGGUCUUUCGGGGAGCUUUGCCAACAACCAUAUGAGUAGUGUGGGAACUGCAGUGAUCCCCUUCCUCUUUCUCUACUACGGUGGCUACGAUAUCGCCUUCACCCCCUUGGUCAUGGCGUACCCCGCGGAAAUCUGGCCGUACGCACUGCGCACCAAAGGCGUGGCAUUGACUUCCGUCAGCACGUACCUGGCAUUGCUCUUCAAUCAGUUCAUCAACCCGAUCGCGCUGGGCUCUAUUGCAUGGAAAUAUUACAUCUUGUAUAUUUGUCUGCUGGUGGUAAUCCUGGGGACUAUCUACCUCACUUAUCCCGAGACCCGGGGGUACUCUCUCGAGGAGAUUGCGGUCAUUUUCGACGGCGAUGAUGCUGCCAUGAUAGCUGCGACGGAGUUGCAUAAGGCGGCUGAAGUGAACAAAGGGGAAACAGAACAUCUGGAGAGCCUUGCAAAGAGGACUUGA